UUGAAUUUAAUUUAGUUUGAGAAUUAAGAAUUAUGAUGAAUUUCGGUUGAUAGUGGUAUACUAAGACUGUGGUAUAUAAUAUAUAUUCUUUGAUAAUUAGAUAAUAGGUACAAAAAGUUAGCCUAUAUCUAUAAGUAGAUAAUAUUAAUAAAUAUUAGAACAAUAAUAAUUUAGAAUAUAAAAUGUGUUUUACUUUUUUUUAUGUUACUUCUCUAAAUGAAACAGGUUUGUUGAUUGUUUAAAUUCUGAAAUCUGAGUGAGUCUAUUAGCAGUUUGCUUACGACGUCGGACGUAGUUCAUAAUAUCUUGCUUGAUUGUCAAGAAGUCUGUAGGGUAUAAAAUCUGAGCAAAGGAAAUUCCGAUGAGAAUGGACGAUCAAAGACCAAAAAAGUAUGGCUGUGUACACGACGGUUGCAAUGCGCUAUUUGAUAGACCUUCGAGAUUAUCCCAACAUAUACUUGUGCAUUUAAAUCACGAAUUUUGUUUUAGCGACCGCAUAAAUGUGUAGAAGAAGGAUGCAGUAGGGCAUAUACUAGUAAGAGUCAUUUGGAAAGACAUAUUAAUACAGCUCAUAGAAGUUAUGAUGCUGAUGCUGUAUAUAGCUGUCCAAUGUGUCUGAAACAAUAUGCCAACGAACAGAAUCUCAAACGACAUUAUAAAAUCGCACAUAUCAACUGUUCAAAGCGAUAUUAUUGUAAUGAAUGUAAACUAGCAUUUAAGAAAAAACAUCAAUUAAGUUCUCACAUGUUUAGGCACACUGGAAUAAAGCCAUUCAGCUGCUCACUGUGCCCUAAGACAUUUGUUACAAUUACUGAAAAGAAAAAACAUGUACGGAACCACAAAAUAUAUACAUGUGAACAUUGUUCUAAGACAUUUACAAGAUGGUCAGAUGUUUUGAAGCAUAAACGAAAUGAUCACGCAUCCAAAGAAUAUAUUUGUCACCACUGUGGGAAAGUUUUUAAACAAAGGAAUCAUAUAAUUCGUCAUGUAAAAGUGCACAUGGAUUCAAGACAUGUUAACACAUAUUUCUGUCCAUUCGAAAAUUGUUUGAGAGUAUAUUCGAGAAACAGCAACUUAAAACAGCACAUUCAAAUAAAACAUGAAGGGCUAAGGUUUGACUGUUAUAUUUGUGGAGCGAAACUUUCAACUAAGGGUAAAUUAAAUGAACAUGUCUUACGGCAUAGCAAUCCAACACCAUAUAAAGCCCCUAAAACUUUAAUGACCGGCCGAAAAAAGAGAAAAGAUGCAUUCGACCCCCGGACCAGUACCGCUUUGAAAUUAGCUGGACUAUGUCGGUCUGAUACUGGGACGAACGACGAAGACGUAAAUACACACGACGUCGAUGAUUCUACCAAUGUGCAAGCGUGACCAGAUAUUUAUCAUACAAAUGCAAAAAAAGCGACAUGAUGCAAUUUUGUACCUACUAGAUUAAAUGAUGCGUGUACACGAAGCUGAAUGACGGGCCAUGGAUGUAUGGUACUUCUCGUGUUGCCGAAGAGCGUGGUCGGUGGAGAUUACUUAACACCGAUUGAGACUCUUGAUUGGGUCGCCUCUUAAUCCUCAAAUAAGAUCAGUUUGAUCAUAGAACUAUAAACCGAGCAGUUCAGAUAACCGAUGGUUCAGCUCUAAUUGGAAAUAAAUGAUCUACGGGUGCCCCAAAGUUCACGUAAAUUUUCAACUCCGAUGAUUGGAACUCCGAAAAUGUUCUUUGUUACAUUUUUCAUUCUAACAAUCAUUAUACCUAAUACUCUGUCUCUAAUGUUCAUCAUUCCAAAUCAUUCAACUUCAUAAUACCAGUAGCAAUAGACAUCUAUAUAUUAUAUACCUAUAUUUUAUACUGUAGAAUUAUUGAUUAAAUUACAAAUAACAUUCGGUACAGAUAAUGUAAAAUAACAAACUUUGUUACUUAUACGUUUUAUGACACAAAUCCUUUUCCAUUGAAUGACACUCUUAAUUUUUAUAUGACAAAAAAAAAUCGCAUUUGCAACUUAUGUACGUACCUAUAAGUAAUUUGUAGGCUCACACCAUACAGUCAAUAUUUGCAUUUGUAUUAAGUGAGUUCCUAUUUGUUGUGUUAUUAUUUUUAUUUAUUUGUUUACUUAUAAUAAGAAAACCAUUAAUUAUUGUUAUAUGUUUUUUUUUCUAACUUUACAUACUUUUGUGACUUAUGUUCACGCAAGCGAGUGAGCUUACACAACCGUGAAAUAAAAAAAUGUCAUCAAUA